ACAGGCUGCCCGCCCGGGACCGUCGCGAGGCUCUGUACUCUCCCGAGCUCCCACUGCCCAGCGACAUGAAUCGCAGCAGCUGCACAGCUGAGAAGGCAGCAACCACCUUGCUGUGGGGCUGUGAGCUAAACCAAGAGAAGCCAACCUGGACCUUCAGACCCCGGAAGGAGGGGGGGCAGGACUGUAAGCUGCUGCUGACAAUGAUUUGCUUGGGGGAGAAAGCCAAAGAGGAGGUGAACCUCGUGGAGCUCCUGCCCCCAGCAUGUCAGGAGGACAAGAAGACCAGGCCCAUUGUCAUCGCCUCGCUUAGGGCCUCGGUGCUUCCCAUGGUCAUCACUUCAGGGCUGGAAUUUUCCCCUCCAGUCACCUUUCAGCUCCGGGCUGGUUCUGGACCUGUGUUCCUCAGUGGCCUGGAGAGUUAUGACACCUCUGACCUGUCCUGGGAAGAGGAGGAGGAGGAAGAAGAGGAAGAGGAGGAGCUGGAGGAAGAGGAGGAAGAGGACGAUGAUGACAUAGAUGUGCUUGAGGAGGAGACCCCUGUCAAGCAAGUCAAGCGGCUGGCACCCCAGAAGCAGGCAAGUGUCGCUAAGAAGAGAAGGAUGGAAAAAGAAGAGGAAGAAGUAAGAUCUAAAGACAAGAGUCCUGUGAAAAAGGCCAGAGUCACACCUAAGCCUAAAAAAUUGGGAUCUAAGAAAUAAGGAGCCUCCAUAAUGAAGGCCGGGAGACCACCCUGCAGAGUGACCACUAGCCUCGGGGUGCCACACCAAACCCCCUCCAUCUGAGUCUGAAUGUGAUGCAGGUGUUGGGGGUUGAACACAGGAAACCCUCUCCCCAGCU